CUACACAGGACAACCGUACUUUCUCUUGCACUCUCACUAACUCACAUUACCUUCAAUAUCUUCACCAGUCCCGCUACAACCAACAAUGUCCGGAGUGUGGAUAUUUGACAGAAACGGCGUCGUUCGGCUGGUCACCAACCCAACUAGGGAGUCGUUCGAGCAAAAAGAGCCGCCGCAUCCGGGUACAGCCACCGCACCCGGUGCUCGGCCCCGAGUCUUGGUCUACCUCCCAGCCAACCAGGUCAUUCAAUCCUACUCCGAACUCGAGCAGCGACUCACUGAACUCGGCUGGACUCGCUACCGCAACUCCAAUCGGCCCGACCUCCUCCAGUUCCACCGCUCCGAGAACUCAGUCCACCUCAUCUCGCUCCCAAAUAAUUUUGCCAACAUGAAGUCCUUCCAUAUGUACGACAUCGUCGUCAAGAAUCGCUCCUUCUUCGAAGUUCGUGACCCGGCUGCAUUGCAGAGCUAGGGUUUAUGGUGCUUUAUUCAUCCUCAAUAUGCAUUUUAGUCAUCAUGUAAACACCAGGCUUGAGUCGGCCAAUUAACAGUGAAAUAUAAUUGUUUCAUCUCUUUUUCUAUUUUUUUUAAGUAAAUAAUAUUAUCUAUGAUUCAAAUUCGUAUUAGAAUUGAACCGAACUGGACUGUAAUACUAAAUGACGUCGGAGGAUAAUUAAAAUCCUGCAUGUAUGUGGUUGAUAAAACGAUUAGAGAAAUUUACAUUGGCUUAUUCUUUAAUAAACA